CACCCCGACAAGGCGCUGGUGGGAGCUCGGCUCGGCUCGGCUCGGCACGACCCGUUCCUCGCAGCCCCGGCCGUACCGCAUGCAAGCAGAGAUGAUGCGCAUUUAUCGUAUGCUUCCGAAGCGAGGAUUCGCUUCGCAGACGCGACCCGAUUUUGUCAAGAUCGUGGAGGUUGGCCCCCGAGACGGCCUCCAAAACGAGCCCCAAAAUGUACCAACGCCGACCAAGAUUGAAUUCAUCAAUAUGCUCUCGCAGACUGGCUUGAGUGUCAUUGAGACGACGUCAUUUGUUUCCCCCAAAUGGGUCCCGCAGAUGGGCGAUGCCUCCGCCGUUAUGAAGGGCAUCACCCGCGCCCCUGGAGUCUCUUACCCGGUCUUGACUCCCAACUACAAAGGCUUUGAAGCUGCCCUCAAGGCCGGUGCUGCUGAGGUAGCCAUAUUCGGAGCGGCCUCUGAAUCCUUUACAAAGAAGAACAUCAACUGUUCGAUUGAUGAGAGCUUGCGACGAUUUGAAGACGUUUGCGAGGCUGCUAAGGAACACAACAUCAAGGUCAGAGGUUAUGUCUCCACCGUGGUGGGCUGCCCUUACGAAGGCACUAUCGAGCCUCGGGCAGUGGCGCAUGUCGCAAAAAAACUGCAUGAGAUGGGCUGCUAUGAAAUCUCGCUCGGUGAUACGAUCGGCGUGGGAACUCCAAAGAAAUUUAGGGAGAUGUUGGAGGCUGUUCAGGAAGCUGUGCCGCUGAACCAAAUUGCCGUUCAUUGCCACGACACUUACGGACAAGCUCUGGCCAACAUACACGCCUCCCUCCAGAUGGGCAUCCGAGUGGUCGAUAGUUCAGUCGCAGGCCUUGGGGGCUGUCCUUACGCCGCUGGCGCCAGCGGAAAUGUGGCCACCGAAGAUGUAGUCUACAUGCUUCACGGAAUGGGCUACGGGACUGGCAUUGAUCUGCCGGCUCUCAUUAAGGCAGGGAAUUUCAUUAGUGGCUUUUUGGGAAGACCUAGCGGCUCCAAGGUUGCUCGGGCACUCACAUCCAAGCUUUAGUAUGAGAGAAACGAGAAAUGCAACAGCUGGAGUCAUUCUGACUCUGCCAGCUAUUGCGCCAACCGAUCGACACAAAAUGGAAAGCACCGCUCAAAGUUAAGGACAAGCUAGCCAAACUCACAAAGGCCCACUCCAUCUGGAUUACGAACAAUAUACAAAGGGUUGGUCGAAUCUCUAUUCCCGAUUGAGCCAAGGACGGUGUGGGAAGAUGAGGACUCGGAGGGAAUAUGGUAACGGAGCACAAAUGGAACAAUACACAAUCUUUGCAGAGAUGUCUCUGAGAAAGCGCAGGACUCUGUUGAUCAUAUGAUACAGCAC